AUGUCCACCAACCAGUUCAAAUUAGCUGGUUACAUUUGGCAGGAUUGGAGGGCUAACAUCCCCUACAUGAAAGAACUGUGGGGAAAUGAUCAUGUGUAUGUUCUCACAACAAUGCUGAUCAUCUUAAUAUGGUGUUUCUCUGUCAACUGGUCAAAACUCCAAGAAGCUGCCAAACGGUUAUAUGAAGUUAAUGAUUUUGUGACAGACUGUGACAAUCUAGGCAACCUGUUUAUUUUUUCUGGCCAGGUCUAUUUAAGCCUCAUUUUGGUUGCUGUCAACAUAAACACUGCCCUAUCAACUACUUUCCCUUCAAUGUGGUGGCUGCAAAGAUCUGCUUUAACAAUACAAUGUGAAAGCGGUGAGGUUUUAAGAAAUAAGAACUUUAAUCUGGAAUCUAGAGAUCCCGAGGAAUUACUUGUCUAUGUAAAGACACUAAAACCAGGAAAUAUAGUGCGUGUGGCCUCACACAUCGACCCUACACCAAAGCUGACUGAUGAGAUUAGAGAAAUAUUCACUGCACUGGGCAGCACAGUGGUCAAAUCCCUGAAGCCCAGAGAUAGCUGGGUAUUCACAGGCACCUAUGGAAUAAAUGAAGCUAGUCCUUUUGAAAAGUUAAUUCAAAAUGAUAUGAGGAGCAAUGCAUAUGAAGACUGGCCAGAGAUGGGGGAGAUCAUUGGCUGCUUUCCCAGAAUAUCUGAGACUGAAUAA